AACCGUCGGUUCGGCGCUUGCAUUAAGAGACAUUAGACUCUGGGAGGGUAGCGACAAGAAAAAAAACCCACAUCGGCGAGGGAAGUACAACAAACUCCGACUUCAACUCUGAGAAAAACGGACUGACGCUGCUUCAGCAGCACUAAGACAUUGGUUAGAGACUACCGCAGCUCUGGGUCCAACCAGAAGACAAUCUCUGACAAUGUCUUCAAACAGUGGCGCACUGUCUGCCAAAAAGGAUGAAAAGGGUCGGAACAUCCAAGUUGUUGUCCGGUGCAGGCCCUUCAAUGCAGUGGAGCGCAAGUCCAAUUCACAUGGAGUGAUCGAGUGUGACCAGACCAGAAAAGAGGUGCUUGUCCGAACUGGAGGAGUCACUGACAAGACGUCGAGGAAAACGUACACCUUCGACAUGGUCUUCGGUCCCUCUGCAAAACAGAUCGAGGUGUACCGGAGUGUGGUGUGCCCCAUUUUAGAUGAGGUCAUCCUGGGAUAUAACUGCACAGUUUUCGCGUAUGGACAGACUGGCACAGGGAAAACCUUCACAAUGGAGGGCGAGAGAUCACCCAAUGAGGAGUUUACAUGGGAGGAGGAUCCUCUUGCUGGUAUCAUUCCUCGCACACUUCACCAGAUCUUUGAGAAGCUGGCGAGUAAUGGCACAGAGUUCUCAGUGAAGGUUUCUCUGCUGGAGAUCUAUAAUGAGGAACUCUUUGAUUUGCUCAGCCCUUCUCCUGACGUCACAGAGCGACUGCAGCUGUUUGACGACCCCAGAAACAAGAGAGGUGUAAUUGUUAAAGGCUUGGAGGAGGUCACUGUACACAACAAGAACGAGGUGUAUCAGAUCCUGGAGAGAGGAGCUGCCAAGAGGAAAACUGCAUCCACGCUAAUGAAUGCCUAUUCCAGUCGUUCCCACUCUGUGUUCUCAGUCACUAUUCACAUGAAGGAGAUUACCCUGGAUGGAGAGGAACUUGUCAAGAUUGGCAAACUAAACCUGGUGGAUCUUGCUGGCAGUGAGAACAUCGGCCGUUCUGGAGCGGUAGAUAAGCGUGCUCGUGAGGCUGGCAACAUAAACCAGUCUCUGUUGACCCUGGGCAGAGUCAUUACGGCUCUUGUGGAGCGUGGACCCCACGUCCCCUACAGAGAGUCCAAACUCACCCGAAUCCUGCAGGACUCGCUGGGCGGCCGCACCAAAACAUCAAUCAUUGCUACAGUCUCUCCGGCCUCCAUCAAUCUGGAGGAGACUCUUAGUACUCUGGAUUAUGCAAACAGGGCAAAGAACAUCAUGAACAAACCUGAAGUAAACCAGAAACUUACCAAGAGAACUCUAAUCAAGGAAUAUACGGAAGAGAUUGAGCGUCUGAAAAGGGAUUUGGCCGCCACUCGUGACAAACAUGGGGUGUAUCUUUCUCCUGAGAACUAUGAGAGCAUGAACAGUAGGAUUGUAGGUCAGGAGGAGCAGAUUACGGAGUACACAGAACGGAUCGCUGCAGUGGAAGAGGAGCUGAAGCAGUUGAUUGAGCUGUUCUCAGACAGUAAGCAGAAACUGGAACAGUGCACUGAUGACCUGCAGGACAAGACUAAUCAACUUCAAGAAGCUCACAAGGACCUGGAGGAAACCAGGCACAGGCUCACACAGGAGGAGUUUAUCACCAGUCGUCUGCAGACCACUGAGGAGCAACUGUUCAGCACUGCAGGCCAGUUGCUGAGCACAGCAGAGGCUAGCACGUCUGACGUUGGAGGCCUCCACGCCAAACUGCAGCGUGUUCGGGCCGUGGAGCAGCACAACAGCACUGUACAAAGCAGCUUCACAGAGCGCAUGGAGCAGAGCUGCAACAGCAUGCACACCGCACUGCAGGAGCAGAGCCUCAAACAAACUGCCAUCCUGGACUACUAUCGCCAUGCCGUGGCGGAUCUUCUGGGAGGAACAGGCCGUGUGUUUGAAGAAUCGUUAGGCUCAGUGUUGAGCUCCUACAGUGCCAUUAAGGAGGUGGUUGGGAAAGGGGUAGAUGGCUGUAAGAGCAGGCUGCUGCAGCAAGAGAACCUUACACAGGAAAACAGGGACUCCAUGCUCCAGCUUCUGGACCAGCAUAAGUCACACCUGGAGGAAGUUCUCAUUGCUCAAGCGAUGCCCGGCAUUAGAUCUGUCAUAGCCAUGAAUGACAGUUUAAAAGACACUCUUCAGAAGUACAGUGCUCUGGCUGCAAAGAUGGAGGGUAUGAAGGCGGAGAUGACUGCGUUCUUCAGUGGUCAUACAGAAGCGCUGAUGAGCAUGAGGGAGGCGGCUGUUCAGGGCCUCAGCUCCCUCCACGAUGAGCAUGAAAAGCUCAAACAGCAGAUCAACCAAGCAAGCAGCAGUCACCAAACACGUGUUUCCCAGCUCCUCAAGUGCAUGCAGGAUCAGAUGAACCUUUUGGCUCUGAACACCCAGACUGACUUUGAGGGGCUUCAAGAAAUGUCUGAUGCACAGAAAGCACCAGUGGAAACUCUGAAGAACACAAUACAGAGUAAAUGUGUGGCAGCUGAAGACGAGACCACAUCAGUUCAUUCCCGUCUGAUCUCCUGCACGGAUGAUGUGAUCAGCGGUAUUAAUGACGUGACUGAGGAGGGACAAAGAGCAUUGGAGGAGAGUUCUGGUUACUGUGGGCUCCUGCAGAGCUCUCUGGACUCACUGGCUGAUUCAGGUCUGCAGUGGUGCCACACGGUUAGAGACUCAACAGAAAAACGUGCCCAGGAACAGCUCACCAAUAUUGCGGAGAACAAGGCUUCUGUACAGGCCCUUCUGGAGGAUGUUGAAAGACGUGGUCAGACUGCAGUGGAAGAAUGCAGAAGUCGCCUUGCUCCAGUGCAGCAGGAAAUGGAGCAAGUCCUGAAAGGUGUGGAGAUGCAGACUGGCCGAGAUCAGGUCACCCUGCAGGAGCACAGAGAUGUGCUCUCCUCUCUCGCAACAGAGGCCAUGGAUACGGUCAACAACUUCGUCAGCAACGAGCUGCAAAAGGACCUUCCGACUGGUACAACACCGCAGCGUAAGGAGUACAAGUAUCCUCGUAUCCUGGACCCACUGAGGAGCAGGACAGAGCUGGAGGAGGAGUUCAGGGCUCAGCAGGAGCAGCUAACGAGUGCUUUUAGUCAGUGUGAUGCCCUCACCGAGGGAGAGGAGGAGGAGAAGCAAGUUGAACAGGAUUCCCUUGAGGAUGAGGUUAGCGGUUCCAGCGACAGUAGCUCCUCGCAGCCGUCUGUUCCAGACCAGGACAAGAACCUGGUGUGUUAUGAGGAGGGAAGGGUUCCCUUCUUCAAGCAGAAAAAGGCAAAGAAGGAAAACCCCAGUAACAAGUCCCUGAACCGUUCGAAGGUGGCUGAAAAUGACAGCAUGGUUUCGUCUCCUCGAUCCAGAUUACCUCUCAGAGCUCAGAAUCAGUGAUGUGGAACCUUCCAUGACUCCCAUUUCUUCACUGUCUAUGUCUAUUGUCUAUCUUUUAACUUACUUAUUUCAGUAGCUAUAUAAAACAAAGUCUGUAUUGUUUGUUUGUUUGUUUGUUUUGUUUGUUUGUUUGUUUUGUUUGCUUUUUUUAAUGUUUGUACCUCAAUCAUUCUCACUGUUUUUAAUGUUAUGUCAUCAGUAAAGUUCAGGGUGUUAUUUACCAUUCCUUUGUCACCUUUUGGGGUUUUUGUUAGAUUGUGUUCAUGUGACUUAAAACAAAAAAGAAAAUUUGGUUUAUCAAAACUAAUAAAGUUUUAAGAUUUAGAAAUGUGA